GAAUUCACAGGGUUGAAGUUUGGCAAAGUAUCUCCGAGUGAUGAUGGGAGUGUGUCCUUUCACUUAUUCAGCAGUAACUCAUAAACUGCAGUACUUCUACACAGCCACCUCUGGGAUCUCAAACUUUCCAGAGUUUGUGGAUGUUGGAGUGGUUGAUGGUCUACCCAUCAGUCGCUAUGAUGGCAUCACAAAGAGAAAGGUUCCCUUGCAGAAGUGGAUGGAGGAAAACUUCGAUCAGCAGUACUGGGACCAGGGCAGUAACAAGAUGAAGGGUAUAGAGGAGUCCUUCAAAGUCAACAUUCAGAUUGCAAGAGAACGAUUUAAUCAGACAGGAGGUGUGCACACUUGGCAGUGUAUGUACGGCUGUCAGUGGGAUGAUGAGCGCAAAGCUACAGAUGGAUUUAAUCAGUGUGGUUAUGAUGGGGAGGACUUUAUCUCUAUGGAUCUGAAGAACCUGAGAUGGACUGCCCCAACACCACAGAGUGUCAUUACAAAGCGGAAGUGGGACAAUAACAGAGCUUUGUUGGAAGGAAAUAAAGCCUACUUCACCACAGAGUGCAUUGAGUGGCUGAAGAAGUAUGUGCAGUAUGGGAGCAGCACUCUGGAGAGGAAAGUCCACCCAGAAGUCACUCUCCUCCAGAAGGACUCUGGAGUGGCGUGCCAUGCUACAGGCUUCUACCCUGACCAAGUGAUGAUCACCUGGAAGAGAGAUGGAGAGGAGAUGCAGGAGGACGUGGAUGUGGGGGAGACGCUGCCCAAUGAGGAUGGAACCUUCCAGAAGAGAGCUGUGCUUGCCGUGUCACCGGAAGAGAGGAAGAAGGGGCAGUACACCUGUGAGGUGGCCCAUAAGGGCGGAACUCCCAUUCUUAAGACCCUGAUUGUGGAAGAUGGCAAUAUCGUUGGCAUCAUCAUUGGCUGUGUUGUGGCUGCUGCUGUCGUGAUUGGUGUGAUUGUCGCCAUUGUUAUGAUGAAGAAGAAAGGCUACAAGAAGGCAGAGCAGUCCGAUUCAGAAUCUGAUCACUCCAACGGUGCACGGACUUGAGGUAACUGCUGAAUGUGAAGAGUGAGGAGCAAUGAAGAAGGAUAUGCAAAUCAACAAACAGAUUUCUCUCUAUAUGCAACAUCCUACAAUGGUUAUAUCCAUGAUUUAGGUAUAAUGUUAAGAUUUUAUGUCUAUUUACUUUCAUCCAGUUUUUAGCAAUAACUCAUCCUUUUCUCAAACUGCUGUACAAACAAAAUAGAUUCUAGUGCAGUCAAAUCUGUUCUAUUGGUGUGAAGAGUAUUGAUUUGAAUAUAAUAGUAGGCAUUGUGGUUUCUUUAAUUGUAUUGUGUUGGUGUGCUGUUGCUUUGUAUUGCUCUGUACUAUGUGUUUUUUAAUAUAUUUCUUUCACCAUUUGAACUGGUGAUGGGAAGUGGGCAAUUCUUGAUUCUAGG